AGUUUCCAUGACACACAUUGAAUGUAAAGGGACCUAUGACCCAGUCUUUGAUCGCUCUCUAAUCUGAUUGGAGUCUUGUCCAGGUAAAGCCCCACCUUCAGCUUUUAGCCUGUGAGCUGACGUUUAUCCCAGGACACACAACAUAAGCUGUCAUCUGUUUUUUUAAUGUGUGUGUGUGUGUGUGGGAGGGAAGAGAGGGGGGCUUCGUUUGGUGGCAUGUGAUGUUAUCUUUUGUUGCCGUCUUUUUUAUUCCUGAAAGCACCUGCCAAUCUUUCUUUCUACGAUAGUCAUCGGCUUUUACCAGCGUUUUUGACAAAGAUGUGGAGUCCAUCACAGGUCAGGAGAACAUGGAGGCCGACAGACGGGCUGCAGGGGAUUUGACCACAACAGGGAGAAGUAGCCCCUGAGGUCAAACUGAGCCCAGGCAUGGCUCCCUCUGAGCUGAUUUCUCAGGCUCUGUUCUGCUCCCUGCUGCUCCUCUUACGUCUGCACACGGCUGCAGGAAUGUCAGGCUGGUCCGGAUGUUUGGAAGGCCAGGACGUGUUAGCAAGAGUUAAAGAAAACAGCCCCCCGGGGGAAGUCGUGGCCGAGCUCGUUGCUGACACCGCAGAACCAAACGGGCUUCGCUGGAGUCUGUUUGGGAAAGACGCCGAGUGGUUCUACUUGGACGAGAAACACAUCCGGCUGAACUCAUCAGCAGAAAAGAUCCUUGACAGGGAGACCCUGGGUCCAAUCUUAAUGGCUGAGUUAUCGUGUCAAGAAGAGAACUUAUUUCAGAGCUACUACAGAAUCCUGGUGGAGAUUCUUAACGAAAACGACAAUUUACCCACGUUUGCAGAAAACAUGGUUCGAACUUUCACUCUGAGUGAGAUGACUCCAGUGAAUACUGUAGCAUUCACUGUCCAGGCCAAAGAUGCAGAUGAUGACACAAUUAUUUAUUCAAUUGACCAGGCAUCACCUGAUGCAGAGUAUUUCCGAAUUGAUCUGCCGAACAGUGGAGAGGUGAUCCUCUCCAAACCUCUAGACUAUGAAACCAAAACGUUGCUCACCGUCACCAUCUAUGCUGCCGAAAUGAACACUGCAGAGCAUUUCAACACCAGCACCACCAUCACCAUCUCAGUCCUGGAUGGAGAUGACCAGAACCCCGAGUUCCAGCCGUGCAUUUUGCUUUUCCAAAACGAAACCAGCCGGAUCUGCACCAGCCCCAUGUACACGGUCAAUGUGACAGAGGGCGAAGAGGGCGUUGUGUUGGACUUUUCUCCUGGGCCUAUUCAUGCAGAGGAUGAAGACAGAGGGUUGAGCUCUUCAGUCAGCUACGUUAUUCUCUCAGGAAACAAAGACGGACAUUUCAGUAUGGACAGAAAGACAGGAGAUGUGAAACUGAUUAAAGGUGUGACAGACAGACUCGUCACUCCAAUGCUGAAGCUUCAGGUCAUGGCGUACCAGGACAAUGACCCCAGGAAGUACUCCGUUGCCACUGCGCUGGUCAGAGUUCUGGCGGUUAAUCGGUUUUCUCCAAAGUUCAACUUGGCUGAAUAUCAUGGCUUCGUAACGACGGGAAUGAGCCAAGCUUCUCUGGUCAAUACGUACGGCAGCAUAGCUCUGGUAUUAAAUGUUCAGGACCAAGACUUCAACCAAGGUUUCAAUCCAAUGAUCUACUUCAGCUUUAGUGAUGCUUCCAGGCACACAGACCUCUAUGAAGUCACACAGGGGGGGCUUCUGAUCGCCAGAACCAAUCAUCUCAAACCAAAGCAGAAACACAUUCUGGAGGUAAUUGCUGUAGACCAGGAGUCGGGUGAAACAGCAUUUGCCACCGUGGUGGUGGAGGUACUACCUGAAGGACAGCUGAUCCCUCUGGGAGAACGCCUAACAGGCUGCACCGUGGGUAAAGCUUUGUUUCUGAGCUUGGUGUUCAUGGCCGUGCUGGGAGGUUUCCUGUCCAUGCUGAUGUGGCUGAGGAAGAGAAAAAAAGGAAUGAGGGACCCACUGGAGCGAGGCUGUGUGGCCCAGGGCAAACACCCGAAUGUGAAUUUACAAUGGUUUCAGAUGGUGAGUCACCGUACUGCCAUGCCACAGAUGGAGGAGAUCCCCUACAAGAACGAAGAAUGUGGCACCUGCAACCCUUCCUUCAGCUUCCCAGACACAUCAGACAUUUACCCCACCCCAAAUAUCCCCGUCAGUCAAGAACCCACUCAACCCAGAGAAGCUGCUGCUUCUGAUUCCCAUUUGGUUCCUGCUGAAAGUGUGUGCAGCCCUGUGAUCCUCAAUAACACCUCCACACCAACUAAAACCUACUCUAGCUCGCCCAUCGUUCCCCAAGCACAGGAGGAACUGAGCCCUGUAUCUUUGACUCACGAUGGUGCGCCUCCCACAGGAAAUCCUGGUUCACCGAGUGAAAUGACCCCAGAUGCUUGUGAGCUACAAUCUGACACUAGCUUUGGUCCUUCAACCAGCGAUAAGACUGGAGUUGCACCUCUGACUGACCCAGAUCUGGAAACAAUCAACUUUGAUAAUGCUGACGAGUCACUCCCCAGUCCCUUUUCUCCAUUUAGUACUGCAUGCAGUCAAAUGGCUUCAGAAGAAACAGAAGAACCAGUCUUAAAAUCUUACGUGAAAACGCCACCAUAUUCACCGUUACCGCCCUCACCUCUUCCAGAUACAACAGGUACUCCUCCUCCCACCCCAGAUCAAGGCCCUUUAAAAGCCACUUUGGUUCAUAUAGAUACGUCUCCCACUGAUAGCCCUCCAGAAACACCAAGGCAAAGAGCAGAGACUCUGAACGCAGAGGCAAACCAACCCUCCACAUGUCUGGACCAUUCAGACCCAUCAGAGUCUGAAGCCGGGACAGGGGACAAUGAAAGUCCACCUCAGGACAGUGGGCCUUUGGUGGAAUCAGGAACCAACCAAGGUAGCAGUAGAGUGGGAGAAGAGAACAUGUGUCCUGGAGAAGAAGAUGCAGACAAGAACAGCGAGGGUGAGUUGGACUCGGACGAAGAAGAGCUGCUGAGAAUUAUUGCUCGUUGUAACCCCAUUUUUAUCACGUUUCGUAAAUGAUGUCACUAUGAUAUCGCAGGCAAUGAGGGCGUGUGGGAAGACGACAGGCGGUGGAGUCUGUAAGACGAAGAUGAAGACACACCAUCGAACAAGAGCAAAACACUCCUGGCUCUGCAGAGGCAUGAACGAGGACAGUAUGCACACACAACGCACAUAUGAAGUAAAACGCUAACACAAUAAGGACUUAUGUAAGUGCUCAGCAACAGCUGUAAUUAUCAUAAAAUUAUGUGCAGUAUUGUAGCAUUUAUUCCUCAUAUUAAAGUUAGUCUAGAUAAAAAUAAAACUUGACUGCAGUAACAAACAUCUUUAUAAGUUUAACUCCUCUAUAACUGAUUACUUUUUAAGGAUGUUACAUGUCAGACGUGAUUGCUGCCAGGUGAAGGUUACGUUCAAGAACUCCUCACCAUGGCUCUAUUAAAUAUCCCAUCUUCAAUCCACCUUAAGUUUCGUUGUCUUUUCUUUGAUUGAUUGAACUUGAGAAAAUUUAAUGCAAAGCGUACUAUUUUAGAUUCCUCAGGUGUUUUUUUUUUUUCCUAUUUCUAUAUACUGUUGGAUGUUGUUGUGUUUUUACUGUCUGA